CAGCAGCAGAAGAAGCGCGAGCGGCACCCAAACGCAGCGCGCGGGAACUCCGCGGACCGCUCUCUCACUUCUUUCUGAAAGCCUGUCCCGCGAGCUCGCGCACAGAAGUAGGACACCGAGCUCGCGCCCGCUGUGCAGCACAACUGCAGCGAAUAAUAAAAAAAUAAAAACAACAACAAAAAAAUCCGCACAAAGAGCGUCCGCGCGCAGGAGAGAGAGAGAGAGAGAGAGAGAGAGAGAGAGAGGAGUUACCGGCGCGGCGCACGAGAGGGGAGCGCCGCCGGCGGCGGGGAAAGGAGGGAGAGGAGGGAGCGCGAGCACACGCCGCGCGCGGGACAGAGAGGAUCUGGUCUGUUGGUGUGGCGCAAAUUUGGGAAGACUGCGAUUGAAUGUUACCUCGCUCGCAUGCCAUUGGACACCUCCCCUGUCCUGAUGAGGGAGAAGAAAUGCUGGCCGAGGAUCGACGGACUGAUGUACGCAGCAGUGGCGGAGCACAUUCUGAGGGAGCUCAUGGAUGACCCACUGACAUGCUCACAUCAGGUCAACAGUCGGCUGGAUAGCAAAAAAUAAACUCAGCAGACUCGGCCAGACACCCCAAAACUGUAUACGCAGACCUUGAAACUCUCAGCGCAUGAUAAUAUCUAGAACUAAAAAUAAAAACAAAGCUCUGACCUGUGCACAUUGAGGGACACGUGCAGGAUGAUCACGGGAAAGUUACCGGACAUUUCCACUUGACCGCUGUUCCAUGUUAACGUCCCCUCUUUCUGAAUUUCCGGUGGACCCCCUCCUUCCCCUCCCAUUUCCUGCGCGCCUGUCAUGCUGGUGCAGGUCGUGCUCCUCUCUCCGCUGCUGCUGCUGCUGCAUGCGCCGGCGCUGACCCAGGGCCAGUACGACCAGUGCCGGUCGCUUGUGAGCACGGACGACGGCGCCGUGUGGGAGCAGUACGCCUGCCAGCCCAAGGCGCAGACCAUGAAGGACUACAUGCGAAUCCGGGUGGAGCCGCCAGGCAUCACGUGUGGGAACCCGCCAGAGAGAUUCUGCACACUGGAGAAUCCAUACCUGUGCAGUGACGAAUGCGAUGCGUCAAAUCCAGACCUGGCCCAUCCUCCCCAGCUGAUGCAGGAUCGCGAGCGUGGUGGCCUUAUAACCUACUGGCAGACGGUCACGUGGAGCCGUUAUCCCGAGCCACUGCUUGCCAACAUCACUUUGUCGUGGAACAAGAGCCUGGAGCUGACCGACGACAUCCAGAUCACAUUUGAGUACGGCCGGCCCACCGUCAUGGUACUGGAGAAGUCCCUGAACUACGGCCGCACGUGGCAGCCCUACCAGUACUACGCCGACGACUGCAUGGAGGCGUUCACCAUGCCGCCCAGACGUGUGCAGGACCUGAUGGCAGCCAAUGUCACACGGGUCAUCUGCACCGAGCUGUACUCCCGCUGGGUGGGCUCCAAGAACGACAAGGUGGUCCGCUUCGAGGUGCGGCCACGUUUUGCUAUCUUCGCUGGGCCCAGGUUGGUCAACAUGGACGGCUUGUACACACGCAUGGAGAGCAUGAAGGGCUUGCGUGACUUCUUCACCUUCACCGACCUGCGGCUUCGGCUGUUGAGGCCCGCGCUCGGCGGGACGUACGUGCAGAGGGACAACCUGCUCAAGUACUUCUACGCCAUCUCCAAUAUUGAGGUGCCAGCAAGGUGUAAGUGUAACCUGCACGCGGGACAGUGUGUGUUUGUGGACGGUAAUCUGCAGUGUGUGUGUGAUCACAACACGACAGGUCAGGACUGCCAGCGCUGCAAAAAAGGCUUCAAAGCCAAGAGCUGGAAAGCGGGAUCUUACCUGCCAACUCCCAACGGCUCCCCCAACAUAUGUGCUCAGGCUGGUACUUCCUCUGGUUCCAAUUGCGAGUGUUACGGUCACUCCAACCGCUGCAGCUACAUAGACUACCUGAACAUCGUCACCUGUGUGAGCUGCAAGCACAACACACGUGGUCAGAACUGCCAGCACUGCCGCAUGGGCUACUACAGGAACGCCUCGGCGGAGCUGGACGACGAGAGUGUGUGUGUCGAGUGCGGCUGUAACCAGAUGGGAUCCCUACAUGACCGGUGUAACGGCACUGGAUUCUGCCAGUGUAAAGAAGGCACCACAGGGACUAAGUGUGAUGAGUGUUUGCCCGGUUAUUACUGGAAACAGGGCUGCUACCCGAACGUUUGUGACGAGGAGCUGUUGAUGUGUCAGAACGGUGGCACAUGCUUCCAGAACCAGCGCUGUAUCUGCCCGCCCGACUUUAAGGGUGUCCUGUGCCAGCACUCGCGCUGCGACGGCGGCAAGAAGUGCAACCACAGCGGCGCUGCUGCGGCCAUACUGAGCCUGACCCUGCUGCUGCUGAGCCCAUUGACCACUCUACUGCAGGCCGCAGCGCCCUGAGACCGUCCACCCUUCUCGCACACCAACACAGACAUGUACACAUACACCACAUGGGCGCUGCACCAGCCGGAGCUCAGCAGCGCCCCCUGCCAGGUCCCGGGACUGCUGCAACGGGAACCUUGAGAGAGAGAGACUAAAACAGACUCCAUAUGAGAGAUUUUUUUUUUUUAAAUCACAAAGCUGAAGGAGAAUCAUACCAAAAAAUAAAGAAAUAGAUCAAGUACACCCACCCACACAAACACAAACGAAUAAACACAACAAACACGCUCACUGCACCAGUGAGAGGACUCUUCGGCAAGAAGAGGUGGAGAUUCAGCUUCACUUCCUGCGCUGUAGCCACAAUUUCAACCAGCGCUGCACUCUUCUGCAUUCCUAUUGGCCGAGCUGAGCGAGAAGGGGCGUGUCCUGACGCAGAACGUCCACCUGUGUCUGAAAAAGAGGUGCUGUUUCCACAACAAAAACAAGUUCCACCCUCACGAGGUCACCCUGCUCUGCUGCUCUUUUUUGAUAUUGAUAUUACGCAACGAGCUCACUGUAAACGCAAAGAAAUAGCAAAAACAAAUCAACGAAUAUCAAUAACAUAAGACUGAUAAGAAGAAAAGUAUUAAGACUUUAGGCACUGGUUGUUUUAGGGAUGUCUGUCAACACGGUUAGAGAAAGAGUGACACUAUAUAUUCAAAGAAGCACUCGCACUGUAACUUAUCCGAGGCUAAAGAGGAGAAAAUAAAAAUAGCAGUUAUAUACCGACAUCAUCCUACUAUUUUUGGUAGAGAUUAUUUUUGUUCAGAUUUAAGAUAUAUACUUACAGGGGAGGUUUUAUUACACUGUAUCUGUACAGUGGACUUUACAGCACACUGGCAUCCGCCGUUGUUGAGAGUUUUAUCACAGAGGAACAUUAUUGCACUGUAAACUUUACAGGUUUUGAGGUAUUGUUACAGAUUAUUCUAUAAAACAGAGCAGAGCGGUUUAUGGGCACAGAUUAUAUUUAACCCUUUUAGGAAAAAAGGGACAAGAAGAAAAAAAAAGAACGAGAACUUCCUUCAGAUAUACAAAGCCUGAAGCUGUGGAUGGUUGGAAUAAUAAUAAUGUAAACUUUACAGAAAUGCAAUAUCUAUCACACAGUGACUGUUUCAGGAACUUGCUGUACACUGUAAGCAUUACGAGAGAUGCAAUGGUUGAAAUUUUAUGACACUGUAAACUUUACAGUAAAUUGACUGUUACUUGGACAAGA